AUGGCGGAGAGAAUUCGCCAAACACCCAAGCAGAGGCACGCCGAAUCUCCAUCUUCAUCAUCAUCCACCAUUUUUGACAACGAAAGCGUCGCUACUACCGCCACAAUUUCUCUCCUUCACAACAUCAAACAGCGAGUUACGAUAUCACUAGAACAAAGCAACAGUGGCUUCCGAAAAUUCCUCUGGGAUGUCAUGCGUACCCAUUUAAUUGAUCGCAGAGUCACUGUCCUCAAAACGUUCAUGCAGCGCCUCGAACACAAGCUUAAUGCAUUGGAUGAAGCAGGAAUCGAAGAAUUUCGGGACAUAUUCGUUGAACUUGGCUUCACGGGCAACUUUAUUUUACGUUUCGCUCAACACGAGCAGGGCAUCAACUCAAACUACGUGAUGCACAUGUUUCUGGAUUGCCUGCGGCACCAUCUACAGGAUGGAUCUCAAGAUCUCCGUCAAUACGUGAUUGGGCUGUGUGGAUCUUCUUUCCACGCCGCUCUUGGGGAAAUCAUGGUAACCAGGCUUGCGCAAGGAUACGUCACCAGCGGAACUGGUUUCAGUCACUACCCUGCUAGGCGCAGUGUGGAUCCACCGAGACGUAAGUCCGCAUGGGCAAAGAACUGGCAAUGGACUCGUGAUAACAGUUGCCUGAUGGAGAAUGUCAAGGGAGAGGUGGCCCGGAAACAGCGCUUAUUGGAGGCAAAACGAGAAGAGAUCGAUCUACAGGGAUUACCGGACCUGGUCGAGCUGAUGAUGAUGGACAAAGCCUAG